CGCGCUUCCUCGUAUAUUAGGUGAAUAUAGAAAAACCUACCGUACAAAGUGAUGUACUUCCUGUAGGUUUGGCCGACCACAGAUUAGGCUGCCGUGUGCACAAUGACGGACCAGUGUGAGGAACCGCGUGCCGCUCGGUCCGUUCAUCUAUGGUACAAGGUGCCCAAAUCCGCUACUUCCGCCCAGAACACUGUUAUCGUCCGUCGCUGUCAGACCGGAACCUACUUUUGUGCUAUCAACUUCCGAUGUGGAUACAUGGGUAUACAAGAGCUAUACGACGGCAAAAAAGUCGUCAUAUUUUCCGUCUGGGACAACAAAAAGGAUGAUGACCCAGAGACUGACCGACAAGCAAAGAUCAUGUAUCAAGGUGACGGCGUAGAUAUUCAGCGGUUUGGCGGAGAAGGCACGGGGCUGAGGUGCUUAUUGCCCUACGAUUGGGCCAUUGAUGAAGAAACGUCCUUCCGGGUUAAAGCGGAGAAGGACGGUCUCUGGACAGCAUAUUCCGGACAUUACUUCGACAACAGGAAGAACAAGUGGUUUCACAUAGCCACACUCAAGACUUUGACACAAGGGAAGUUGAUCUGCAAUUGUGCCGCAUUCGUAGAGGACUUCCGGCGUGACGGGAAAAGUUUUCACGAGAAGCGGAAGGCGUGUUUUAGUAAAUUUCAAUACUUAGUAGGAGAUAAAUGGACCGAUUGUGUACAGGCUACUUUUACCGCUGACAAUACACCAGUGUCCAACAUCAACGCCGGAUGUGAAGGGGAUGGGCGUUUCUUUUUAGAAACAGGAGGAGAUACUUCCAAUUGUGACACGCCCUUGAAGGGGACUGUGCGAAUUUAACGCAAAAUUGUAAAUGGAUACGAAAUUCCAUUGUGGAUGUUAUGAAGUUAAAUGCAAGAGGAUACGGAAUUUUUGUUUAACAAUCUUCUGAAAAACAUGGGAAAAGAUCUAGCAUCGAUACUUGUUUAUUAAACUAUCGAAGGCUCAGCGUGUUUCACCUUGUGGAUGAGACAAGAAGACUUGUUUGAUCCUUUCUGUACCAGUACAUCAACAAAAUAUCGCGCCCGCGUAACGGUAAAAUUGACCCCUUUUGAAGUUAGGUAUCGCUCCAGCCGAGCAAUUGGUCAGAUUUGAUUUUACCAUGGACCAAUCAAAUAGCUAUGACAUGUUCCAGGCUGAGAGCGUAACUGAGCGUAACCCCUGCAGUUACCAGGAAGGACUGGCCCACUCAUGAGAGAGGAUGGACGCGCUUCUGCAUCCUCCACAAAAUAAUUUUAAUUGUUGUAUUUUUUUUACUGCUGGAACAGAAACAUAAAAAUGCUUACUGACCGUGGUACAUGUAUAAAUGCUACAUGAAUCAGCUGAUUUAUUACUACUGUAGUAUACUUGAUGUUUCAAAAACAUGCCCCCCCCCCUCUUUGCGUCUUUAUAAAAGUACUUGCAAUUUAUUAUGGUAGAACAAACAGUUUUAUUGGUAAAUAACUGUUAAUGAAACUACAAAACAGUUAAAUAGAAGCACUUCAGCAGACGUUUUCACCUUCGCGAAUUUAAUAUCCAUUUUAUGAUUUGUUCCAAAUGUCCACCCUUUUUCUCUUUCACUAUGUGAAGUAGUGCUAUCUUAGUGAAAAUGAGGGGAGAGAUAGGGAGACAAAUGGUCAGUAGCGAGUGUCAGAUCUAGACCUGGUCAGCUGUGUGAAUCGGACGGUGGCCGGAGAAUGAAAUGAAAUGAUUGUAUUUUAUGAGAUUGAGAUCAGGUUCGGUGUGAUAGUUUGACGGUCAGUUCUGGGACGGUCAGUGUGACGGUCAGUUCUGGGACGCGUGCUAGAGUGACACCAUGUGAAUUGCGGUUUAGGACUGAACAUGUUGUGAUUGUACAUAUUCAAAAAGAUGUAAAUAAACUUUAUAUAGAA